GAUCACUUCGGCUAGCGGGCUAGAGGUUACCAGGCUAGCUAGCUGUCACUUUAGCCACACUGCCUUUCGGUGUAAUUGUAUACCCCCUGUUUUCCAGUAAAACCUUAUGUGAACCUGAUGAUGGAUUUAUACUCGUGUUGAAUGACCACUUAGCGAGAGUGGAAGAGGUUGAGGGGGAUACGAGGCAGUGUUGUGGGCAACAACAAGGAAGCGAGUGGAAAUGGGCGUGUAGCUGCAUAGUCCGGCCGUUCCCAACCAGGUCGGCUUGUGUCUGCCAGGAAAGAUGUGCAAUGGAAUGGUUGCGUCAAUAUCAGACGCCUAUUGGCCCUGCACUUCUGGCAACAUACGACCCUUCUCCCUGCUUGUUGUUCUCGCAGUGUUGUCGACUGGACAUGGCUUAGGAUGCGUGAGGCCCUACAUGGUGCCGAACAGCUGGGUCAACCUAACGGAGAGCAACCGGGGUUCCCUCCCCGCAGGGACCGUGCUCCAGUACAGCUGUGACCCCGGCUACGUGGCGGACGGGCCGAGCACCCUCACCUGCACCCCGCUGGGACACUGGUCGGCGGAGCCGCCGCGAUGCGUCCACAGUGGCCUGUGUCGGACUCCCUUUGAGCCGGCGAACGGCGGCUACACCUGCCACCCGUCGCCCUGCCGCCGGUUCUCCGACGGAACCGUCAUCGAGUUCUUCUGCGACCAGGGCUUCCUCCUCAAGGGGGACUACAAAUACGUCACCUGCCAGGAGGGACAGUGGGACGCGUCGACGCAGGUCAGCUGCGUCAGCCAAGUGUGUGUGAGGCCGGUCAUGGUGCAGCACGGCUCCACCAACCUGAGCGAGAGCAACCGGGGCUCCUUCCCCGUGGGCACGGUGCUGCAGUACAGCUGUGACUCGGGCUUCCUGGUGGAGGGAGCCAGCCUGCUCACCUGCAGCCCGCUGGGCCGCUGGUCGUCGGAGCCGCCCCGCUGCAUCCGGAGUGACGGGUCCCAGAGUAAGAGUCUCUCUAAUGAGGAAUCUGUCGAUCCGCGAACAGUGUGCCUCCCCCCGUACGAGCCGGAGAACGGGGGCUACACCUGCCACCCCGCGCCCUGCCGCAGCCUCUCCCACGCCACGGUCAUCGAGUACUUCUGCGCCGAGGGCUUCAUCCUCAAGGGGGACUACAAGUACCUGACCUGCCUGAACGGGGAGUGGGACGACCCCAUGCAGAUCAGCUGCCUGAUGGAUGGAGACCGCGAUCCAAAGCUGCCACUGGGGAUGCCCACGCUGUCCAUCGUGGCGUCUACGGCGAGCUCUGUGGCUCUGGUCCUACUGCUGGUGGUGCUGUUUGUGCUGCUGCAGCCUAGGCUCAAGUCCUUCCACCGCCGGGAUCAGGGAGUGACCGGGCAGCCCGUGUCCAUCAUGGUGGAGGGCGUCCAGGUGACCCUGCCCUCCUACGAGGAGGCGGUGAACGGCGGGGGGCCCCCCACCCCGGGUCCCGAGUCCCGGGUGCAGAUCGUGCUGUCGGAGGGCGAGCAGAGUCCGGAGGCGGGCCCCUCCAGACCCUCGUCCCACCAGCACUCGGAGAUGGCGGUGGUCCACACUUUACCGCCCUCCUUCUCCUCCUCCUCCUGCUCCUCCUCCACGCCGUCCCCCUCAUCGUCCUGCUGGGCCCUGGAGCACCACGCAGGGGCCGCCGGCGCGGCCCCCUCCCACCAUAACAAGCCCCCCACCAGCAGGGAUCAACACAGCCUGUCCCUGGUGGACUCAGAUAUGGACUUCUCCGAUGAUAUGCCUUUGUUGAAGGAGGCCUGAGACUGACCGACCGGACGCAGUGCCCGAACACAUCAGAGACUGCAUGGUGCCGUUGCUGCUUCUUCCCCACACUGUGGCGUUGAGCAAGACGACGGCAGCUGUCAACACAGAAGACCCCCCCCCCCCCCAUCUGACCGCCCGACGCACCGGUUCAAACAGGCUGCUUGACUCUCAGAAUCCCCCCCCGCACCCCUAGAGGGAUGGGAUUCCACAUUGUACAUACGUAAAUGCUUCAACAUUUUAUAGGAAUCCUUGCGUGUACUUAAUGUCUGACUCAAAUGCAUAAGUUUGAUCUUUUGGUCAAUUCGGCUUAGCUUGCGAUUUAGGCGCAAAAAAAAAAGAGAGAAAGCCCCAUGAGGGAGCAGCAAGGUAUGUAUUUAGAGAGGGAUCCAUCUCAUCACUAUGUCUUGCCCAAUGUACGUUGUUAACCUGGGGGUUAACACACUACACGUGCACCAGGAAUGAUGCAUGAAGGCCUGCCAAGCCAACCCCGGGACUGUCAUACCCAAGCACACAUUCUUUUAAUCUUUUUAUUUUUCCCCUCCAUUAUGUCCAGAGUCACAGGACUCUGAAGACUGUGAGAUGCGCGUAGACUGGAUUUAACCAUCUAGUGAGUCGUCUGGUCCUUUAGCCCAGAAGAGCUGGGGCCCUAGGACUUCUCUACCGUUUACAUUCAUACCCCUUCCAAUGGCCUUAGCUUUUCACUUCUAUGCACAAGCAUCUGUAAGAAAAGGAAUUCACUGGAAUUGAAUGAUGUUUUCAUAAUGAAUGUGAAUUGACGUCGACGCCUUUCGUGAUCGUUUUGUGUAGCUUUAACACACCUCGCCCCUGAAAAAUGUCCAAACUUAAUUUAUUCUGGUUGCUUGCAAAGGCUGCUCUCGCUGAGUCUUGGUUAUGGGGUUAGUAUUGAGUGUUUAUGUCCAGAUUGCUGUUGAUCAGCCACAGUUCUUUUAUUUCCGUUUCUUUUUAUGCUUCCACAAUCCUGGAAAAAGGUUUUCUAAAAAGGAUCUUUUCACAGUGCUUGGGUGGAACUCUACCGCAGGCAUGUAAUAUCACAGCUUCUAAUGUUGAUGGGAAAAUCUGAAACAAAUUACUUAUUGUUCAUUAUGGUAUGUCGGAAUUCAAGUUUACGUUUUGCUUUCCUUUUGGAUUUAGCAAUGGACUUUUUUUGUUUUAAAGAUUGUAUUUUAAUAUUUGUAAAAAUAAUAACUUAUGUUUUAACUGUAUAUAAUAUGUUCAUUCAAAUUAAAUAUUAUUUGAGGUGUCGAUUUUA